GUAGAACAGAACCCGCGGGUUGUGCGCUGCACUUAUUACUAUUGCAGUCUUCAGCAUGCGAGCUACUAAUUGAGCUACGUCACGUCAUUGCCGUUUUCUUGAUUAGCCUUCUCGUGUACAGAUACUAAUCCGCGCAUCCGUUGCUACUUUCACGGUGAUCAGGGUCACACUGGCGGAUAUGAGAGAGUUAGGCAGCGAACUAAGUGGAGGUAUUCAAUAGUCGCCUCCCGAACGUCUCUAAGAGUACUAAUUGCCGACAAUGGCCAGGCCGCGACAAUGACAGUCACUAGCCGUGUGUCCGUUUAUGCUGACUAAUACUGACCGAGGGACACUGACGAGUUGUUGUUCGUAACUCAGCAUCUCGCCGUUGCGUCUGACUCUGCGGCAUCUCACUAUCAGCAGCAACGGAAAGCAGGGUAUGACACGAGGCUUCCUAAGCUGGAAUGACCCUACGUAUCGUCGCGUCUAGUCAGCUACUGACUGUCGUUCGUGACUCGGUAUCUCGUUGCGUCUGAUUCAGCAUCUCACUAUCAGCAGCAACGGAAAGCAGGGUGUGACACGAGUGCCUAGGCUGGAAUGGCCUCACGCAUCCAACAAUGAUGCUGCUAAUAACGAAACGCUCCAUACCAGCAACGAUCAUGAGCAGUAUCACUACUGACUCCUAACGCUAGCGACUGUAGUGUAACAUAACCAAUUCACCUCGUUAAGAGGAGCUAGACUGCUGGCCUUAAGCAACCACGUCCUAAGGCGACUACGAAAGCAGCCAUGUCGAAGAAUAGACCGCCCGCACCGCUAAUCUCGUCCUUAAAGCCCGGAUUACCCCCGCCGCAUCCAACGGCCCCGGGAGGCCGACUGCAGCGCGCUCACAGCGAUGCUGCGAAGAAGGUUCAGUUCGCGACAGGUGGCAUGACGCCAUUGGAGGAACAGCUACACGACGCCGGAUCUGCCCAUGCCACGUCGGCAGGAGACAGUCAAAGGGACAAGGGGUCGUCAGGAGGUCUGAGGCGCACACAGACUCUUGACUCACACUCUCUGUAUCCCGACCUAGACAAGAUCAUGGGUUCUGAGGAGAAUGAGCAAGGCGUGGACUUCUGGAAGGUUCGAACGACGAGUCUGGAGGUGCGGAUCAAAGAGGCGGAGGACGCGCGGGCGAGCAUCACCUCCCGUGCCGUGGCUCUGGCAGCGCGCAACCACGAGCUGACGACCAGACUGAGGCAGAUGGAAGAGGAGGGUGACACAGCAGCAUUUGCUGCCCUAGAGCAGCAAUUGACAGACGUCAAGCUCCGGCUAGACCGGGCCCUCAACGAGUGCUCCUCUCUCGCUGGGAACACCAUCGCCAGCAGCAGCAGCAGAGCAGCAUUUGGCGCCCUGGGGCUGGAUUCUUCUGGCAAUAUCAACGGUGGAGAUCUAACCACCCUGGGUUUGGGGUCGCCUUUUAUGAUUGCUCACCUGGAUACGACCCUGAGAUACACCUGGGUGUUCAACCACAACCUGCUGAUGAAUCAGGACAUGAUAGGCAAGAGGGACUACGACAUCCUGCCACCUGGCACGCUGGGAUUGGAGGAGGCGAUGGAGAUCAAGCAGCGAGCGCUCGCCACCGGCAAGCCGCAGCGCGGCGAGGUGGUGUGGCAGCUUCCGGGAAAGUCCCCCAUGGUUUGGGUGACGACUGCUCGACCGCUCAAGGAUGAGAAAGGGAGGACCGUGGGGGUGACUACAUCCAGUGUUGAUAUCACAGAGGAGGCCCAGUACAAAGAGCGCCUCAUGGCCCUACGAGCCGAGAUGAUGGUGCGGAAUACAACAGAAAAAGAGUUAAGGCGGGCAUACGAGCUCACAGAGGACGCGAUGCGCGCCAAGUCCAUGUUCCUCGCCAUCAUGAGUCAUGAGAUCCGCACCCCCCUCAAUGGCAUCUUGGGUUUAGCCGAGGUUUUGCUGGAGUCUGGAGCCCUGGAGGAGGAGCACAGGGAGAUUGUCGAAACGAUGAUGUCAUCAGGCGUGAUCAUAUCGGAUAUUUUGGCUGAUAUCUUGGAUCUCGCGAGUAUGGAGGCCGGGGAAAUGAAGUUAGAGGAGCAUCCAUUCGAGCCGGUGGCGGUGAUUAAUCAUAUUUUGAAAAUGGCUAUGGCGGCUACUAAGGAAAAAGGGAUUAAAGUGCUAGCGGAUAUUUCCCCGGAGAUCCCUGUGCAGAUUCUAGGGGACGAGCUGCGCGUGCGGCAGGUGAUUAAGUACUUAGUCUUAAACGCUAUUAAGUUCACCCAUCAGGGGCAUAUUCUGCUCCGGGUUUCGGCACAUGACAGGGACCCCUCUGCCGCUAUAGUGAAAGCCACUGGGGCGUAUGCUGUAGGCGGUGGGAAAGGGAAGGGGAAAGCCGCAGCAGCAGCAGAGAGGGAGAUCGGGGGGGAUCAAGACGUGUGGCUGUGGUGCGAGGUGCACGACACUGGCGUGGGGAUCCCAAAAGACGCCUUUCCCCUCCUCUUUGAGAAAUUCACGCAAGUGGAAGGAGGCCCCACGCGGGCAUAUGGUGGCACAGGUCUCGGCCUGGCCAUCUGCAAGCAGUUAGUCGAAUUAAUGCACGGAAAAAUGGCGAUUAAGUCGAAAGUUGGGACCGGGUCGGUGUUUGCCUUUUCGGUUUGCUGCCAGCGCACCACCCCUCGCUCUCGUCCUGCCUCCCCCACAGGUGCUUCUGCUAUCGCUGCUGCAGUGAACGCCCCCUUCGGGUUCCCCAACAGUAAUUCUAUAUCCGGCCCCUCACCUGGCUCGGUGUCACGGGCUUUAUCCCCUGUUCGGGAGCAUAUGGCGCUGGUGGGGGGAGGGGGGGAGGAGGGAGAGGAGGAUUACACAGAGGAAGAGGAGGAGGGGGAGGAUGAGGAGGAGGAUUACGAGAGUGAGAAUACGGAAGACUCGCCGAUCGCCAUCACGCCCAAGCACUUGAGGAAACCAAGAGGAGCGGCAGCAGGCAUAGGAGCAGGAGGUGGAGCAGGAGGAGCAGGAGGAGCAGGAGGAGCAGGAGGAGCAGCAGGAGCAGGAGCAGGGGUGGUGGGCGGGGGUUUGGCGGGGUUGCUGGCCCGAGCCAAGGCAAUGAAAGGGGAGGCAGGAGGAUCAGGGGAGCGGCCAUCUGGGGGAGGCAUGAGUGGGGGAGGGGUGAUCGCAGCUUCCGGGUCGGUGCCCUCUCUGUCCCCUGCCUCGGCCAAAGGACCAGAGGCCAAGAUCCUAGUGGCUGAAGACAACCCGGUGAAUGUGAUGGUGCUGCUCUCAAUGCUCAAGCGCCUGGGGCUGCGAGCAACGGUGGCAAAGAACGGGGUGGAGGCGGUAGAGGCAGUGAGGAGGGAGCGGUUUGACCUGCUGCUGUCGGACCUCUGCAUGCCUCUCAUGGACGGGCUGCAGGCUGCCUACCUUAUCCGACAAUACGAGAGGACGGGGGUAUACCCAGAGGAGGAGGUGGAGAGGGCCAAGCACAGGGGAGCGCCCGCAGGGGACGAGAAAAAUGGCCUCGCCUGGCAACCCCCCUCUGACCUCCCUCCUGCCUCCUCCCUCCUCUCGCGUCAAGGGGGCCUCCCCCGCCUGCCCAUUAUAGCCGUUACCGCCAACGCUCUUAGGGAGGAUGAGGAGCGGUGCUAUGCGGUGGGGAUGGAUGGGUUCCUGGGGAAACCGGUGCAGUUUUCGAAGCUUAAAGAGGCUAUAAGUGAGUUUAUUGACAUCCCUGGGUCACGCCCGUUGGGAGCUGCUACUAUUGCUGGUGGUGGUGGUGGUGGUGUAGGGCGAGGGGGAUUUGGACCAUCUAUCUCCCAAUUGGGGGCACCAGGAGGGUUAGUAUCCAUGGGAAGUGGGGUGGCAGCGCUCCUAGCAGGCAUCCCCCCACAAACGGCCCCUUUUCCGACCCCUUCGAAGCUCUCGAGCGACGUUCAGCGUCUUGUAGUGCCCGCCCGCGCCAGCAGCUACAGCGGUUCUGGGUCUAUCACUGGGAGCAUGACAGAGACAGGGGACGAGGAUGAUUACGAGGAGGGGGAGGGGGAGUUUGGGGAGGAGGAUUACGACGGGGAGUAUGACUAUGAGUCAACGGUCUACUCCCCUAGGUCAGCAAGGCAUGCGAGGACGCCUGGAGCGGCUAGCACUGCACGCACGCCAGGAGGAGCGAGUAUGGCUAGGACCCCUGGAACGACUAGGAGCUUUCGGACGUCCAUGUUUUAUGAUAGGGAUGACAGGAGCGUGUAUGGGGGCGGCACUAGCGUGUAUGGGGGGGCAGAGAGUGUGUAUGGCGGCGCGGCUAGCAGCGUGGGCGGAUACAGCAGAGCCACAGGUGCUACAGGUGUUACUGGGGUAACGGGUGUUACGGGUGUUACGGGUGUUACAGGGGCGACGAGAGGUGGAGGAGGGAGGGCCAUGUCGAGACAGGAAGCAGCAGCAAGAGAGUCAGCCAUGCGCGAAGCUUACAACAGGUACUUUCUCAAUGCGGGUCUGCCCCCUAGCACGGCUGCUGCUGCAGCGGCUGCAGCAGUAGCAGCAGCGUCAACUGCUGCGGCCCGUGCCAGUGCCACCGGUGCUGGUGGCUCCCGUGCUGGCAGCGGUGCCUUCCCCAGGAAUCGAUCUAUCGCCGAGUCGUCCUACGUGUCUGGAAGGUCCUCUGGGGACGAGCUCUCGAUCUAUUCGAAGACCACCGGAGGGGGGGGAGGGAGGGGAGGUAUGGGCACAGUAACAGGCACCAGCAGCACCACAGGGAGUGAGAGUGGGAGUGGUACUGGUACGGGGUCGGAUGCGAGCUACGAGACGGGGAGAGGAACCGCUGAGUUGAAUGCUGAGGCUCAGCGACCCGUGCAGGUGCUACUGGUGGAGGUGUUACUGGAGCAGGAGGUCUGGCAGGGGCUGGAAACCCUGCAGGAGCAGCAGGGACGGGUUAUAUCAAUAACAAUUACCCCAGCAGCGGCAGGCGGGCUAGGUAGAAUGGGUGGGAUGUCUGGCACGGCAGCAGCAUCCAACCUCCAACAGCAGCAACAGCAGCUGCUGAACAGCUAUGGAGGAGGAUUAGGAGGAGGAAUGGGAGGAGGAAUGGGAGGAGCAGGUUUGGGAGGAGGAGGAGGAAUGGGAGGAGGAAUGGGAGGAGCAGCCGGGUUCGGAGUGGGCAGCACGAGCAGCAGCAGUAUGCAGCCAGGAGCAAGGCCAGGAGCCACACUUCCCCCCACCGCUGCCGCAGCUGCCGCUGCUGCUGUGGCUGCGGGGAGGAGAAGACCUAUAGCUAGCGCAACAGUUGCAGGAAAUGGGGGGGCGUUUCUGAGGCAAAAUGUGGGGACGGGUGGUACUGCUGCUGCUGCUGCUGCCGCCGCUGCUGCUAACGGUGGUGGUUUUGGUGCUGGGGCAUCUACUGGUGCUGGUGGUGCUGGCUUGGGAGCUGCUGUUGGUGGUGGUGGUGCAAAUGGUUACGGGACAGGAGGAUUGGGAGGAGGUGGGUUUGGCAGUCAGAUGGCAGGUGGGGUAGCAGGAGGACCAUCAGGUGGAAUUUCAGGUGGAGUUUCAGGUGGAAAUAUGAUCCCUCCCCCCCCUGCUGGCGCAACUCAAGCGCAGCAGCUGCAGUACUUAAUCCAGCAGCAGCAGAUGCUGCUGGCGCAGACACAGGCGCAAAUACAAGCACGGCAGCAGCAGCAGCAGAACCUGCAGCAGCAGCAGCAGUUGCAGCAACAGCGGCAGCAGCUGCAGCAACAGCAGCAGCAGGUGCUGGCAGCAGGUGGGAUGGGAAGGAGUCUAGGGGGUGGGGACAGAGGAAGAGGAGGCGGGGGAGCAGCAGCAGGAGGAGGAGGAGGAGGAUCAGGAGCAGGGGGCCGGGGCACUGUAGCAGCCAUAGUUGCCCCUCAGCGCCGCCCGGAGUUCCUUGCCGGUGCGGUUACCAGCGAGAGCAGGUUCGGCGGGGAGAGCUACAGCGAGAGCGAGAGCACGGACGCCCGGAGCCGCGGCAGGUUCGGCAUAGGUCUGGGAACUGGUGGAGGCUCGGGAAUCGGGCAGAGGCAAGCGGUUUCGGCAGCAGCAGCUGCCGCGGCAGCAGCAGCUGCCGCAGCGGCAGCGUCGCAGCGAGCGCUGGCAGCAACGUCCGCUGGAGCUGCUGCUGUGGUGGGCCGUGCUGAGGCGGCUCGGGAGGCUCGGGAGGAGGAGCGGGCAGAGCGGCGCCGAGCCAAGGCCGCAGCUUUGGCAGCAGCAGGGGCAGGGGUGGGAGUGGGAAGAGAGGGUGGAGGAAUGAACGGUGCGGAUGGGGGAAUGGUGUAUCAGAGGGAACGAGAGUCGUUGAUUGCAUCCAAGAUGGAGCUCCAGGAGAGGGCUGUGCAGCGACGGUCGAGAUUGCAGGCUCCACAACGGACGGCUGAGAUUGGCCAAGGUGCUGGCGGUGGUGGUGCUCGAAACAUGGGCUAUUGGAACUGAGAACCAUCUACAGUGGGUUUUUGUCCCAGUUCCACUUCACCGUGUAUUGGGGUACAGUAUGCCAAGCCAAUGUUGCCAUAUGUACAGUAUUCAUACAUUGUUAUAUUUUAUCUGCCAAAUUUGUUUGGAUGUGUGGUACGUAUCUA